CCCUGGGAAAUGUGUUGCUGGGGUUCCCGAGGACUCUCUGGAAAGGAUUUGGAGGAAAAUAAAUAAGCCAGUGUCCAGCUCAGCCUCUCCUGGCUGCCACAAGUAAACACCAUCGCAGAAGCCAGCCUGGAAGCCGCUUUGGCCUCCCCUCCCCUGCUUACACCUGGCUCACUGGCCGCCUCUCCAGCUCCCUCCUUCCUGCCCCUCCCAGUCCAGCCCCUCCUCCUCGACUCUGGGAGCCUGAAAAGUCAGGGAGCACACCCACCCUCGGAGUCCUGGUGCUGCGGGGUCCGGUGCUGAGGGCGCUGGCACGCUGGAGGCUGGGCGGAGGAGCCUGUGGGCGAGAAGACCCGGUGCUGCAGCUCAGCCCUGCUUGUCGGACAGCUGUGCACCAGUGUCUCCUGUGUUCCGGGCCCAGGGCUAAGGGAUAAUGAAAGACAAACUUCCCGUCCUCCGUGAAGGGAUGGUCAGCACUGAACAAGCUAUUACAAGGGCGGCUGCUUUAUGACAAAGUCUCAGGACGAGGGUGUCCCCCACCUGAAGACAAGGAGCCAGGCCCUGAGUGAUGCCCCGGAGCCGAGUGCCCACGGCCCCACCCUUCCCCAUGGAGAAAGGACUUGCUUUGCCCCAGGACUGCCGGGACUUUCUGCACAGUCUGAGAAUGAGGAGCAAAUAUGCCCUUUUCCUGGCUUUUGUGGUGGUGGUUUUUGUCUUUAUUGAAAAGGAAAAUAAAAUCAUAUCGAGGGUCUCGGACAAGCUGAAGCAGAUCCCCCAGUCCCUGGCAGAUGCCAACAGCACGGACCCAGCCCUGGUCUUGGCCGAGAACGCAUCCCUCUUGUCCCUGAGCGAGCUGGAUUCAGCCUUCACGCAGCUGCAGAGCCGCCUGCGAAACUUCAGUCUGCAGCUGGGCUUGCAGCCAGCGGAGGAGGAGGCCAAGGGGGGGGAGGAGGAGGCGGCGGCGGAGGAGGAACAGGGGGAGCAGCCACCGGGCCCUGCCGAGGCCCGCCGCCGGCGCCACGUGCUCCUCAUGGCCACCACCCGCACCGGCUCCUCUUUCGUGGGUGAGUUCUUCAACCAGCAGGGCAACAUCUUCUACCUCUUCGAGCCGCUGUGGCACAUCGAGCGCACGGUGUCCUUCGAGCCGGGAGGCGCCAGCGCGGCGGGCUCGGCCCUGGUCUACCGGGACGUGCUCCAGCAGCUCUUCCUGUGCGACCUGUACGUGCUGGAGCACUUCAUCAGCCCGCUGCCCGAGGACCACCUGACGCACGGCAUGUUCCGCCGCGGCUCCAGCCGCUCCCUGUGCGAGGACCCGGUGUGCACGCCCUUCGUCAAGAAGGUCUUCGAGAAGUACCACUGCAAGAACCGCCGCUGCGGGCCCCUCAACGUGACGCUGGCCGCCGAGGCCUGCCGCCGCAAGGAGCACAUGGCGCUCAAGGCCGUGCGCAUCCGCCAGCUGGAGUUCCUGCAGCCGCUGGCCGAGGACCCGCGCCUGGACCUGCGCGUCAUCCAGCUGGUGCGCGACCCCCGCGCCGUGCUGGCCUCGCGCAUGGUGGCCUUCGCGGGCAAGUACGAGACCUGGAAGAAGUGGCUGGCCGAGGGGCAGGACCGGCUGCGCGAGGAGGAGGUGCAGCGGCUGCGGGGCAACUGCGAGAGCAUCCGCGUGUCGGCGGAGCUGGGCCUGCGGCAGCCCGCCUGGCUGCGCGGCCGCUACAUGCUCGUGCGCUACGAGGACGUGGCCCGCCGGCCGCUGCAGAAGGCGCGCGACAUGUACCGCUUCGCGGGCAUCCCGCUCACCCCGCAGGUGGAGGACUGGAUCCAGAAGAACACGCAGGCGCCCCGCGACAGCAGCGGCAUCUACUCCACGCAGAAGAACUCCUCGGAGCAGUUCGAGAAGUGGCGCUUCAGCAUGCCCUUCAAGCUGGCGCAGGUGGUGCAGGACGCCUGCGGCCCCGCCAUGCGCCUCUUCGGCUACAAGCUGGCGCGGGACGCCGCCUCGCUCACCAACCGCUCGGUCAGCCUGCUGGAGGAGCGCGGCACCUUCUGGGUCACGUAGGGGGCCUGGGGCCUCCGCACCCUCCUCGUGAAAGUCCCGCCCUGCCUUCCUCGACCGACCUGCCUGCCGGAGCCGGAGCCGGAGCCGGAGCCGGGCGCUCGCUCGCAGAGGCUGGCGGGAGGCUGCGCAGGGGGCAGGCCGGCUCUGCUGUAGAAGCAGCUCCCAGCGGCCAGCUUCCCCAGCGGCUGUGGGCUGGGGCUGGGGCUGCUGCCGAGAACAGGACGGUGCCCUGCCCCCGUGCUGGUCAUCAACCCAGACCUGAGGGGCAGGCUCUCGCCUAUUGACAGUCUCUCUCUCUCUCUCUCUCUCUCUCUCUCUCUCUCUCUUACACUCAUUCACACAGAAACAUACAUGAAGCACACGUGAAUGCCUGUAGACCCUGGGGGCCAGACCACAGCCCCACAGUCUGGAUUCCUACAAUCCAGCGUGGAUUCUGGGUGGUCCCCCGGGAGGGACAGCCCAGGGGUUAGAGGAUGGCAGCUGAGGCUUCCCCAUUCAGUGUUUCCAUAAAUGGGCCACCUGUGCCGGUUAAGGAUGGAGUCAGCUCUGUGACGAGCUACAACACGCGUAUAAAGACGAAUGCCCGCAGGCACAGGGCACAGCACACACUGGGAAACAGAAAAUUCUGCACACACACAUGAAAACAAACGGACAAGCUUUCCCUUUGCUCUAUGCCCACAGGCUUGGUAGGGCUCAUCUGCAUAACACACCUGUUUGGGAGCUGGGGAAGGAAACGUGGUCAUGGCCGUGACCUUGUUUCCCGACUGGGUUUGGGAUGAACAGGACAACAGCAGUGCCGAGUCUGCGGCCCCUGCUGGCCCCUGCUCCCCUUGGAGUCUCGGGGCUACCGCUUCUGGCCCAUUCACGUCCUUGCUGCUGGCAGGCAGGACGUUUUGAAAUGGCGUGGUCGACCCUCAUGUGACUGCAGCCCAAUGUUCCCAUCCCUUCCCAUCCCAGCUCUGCUCAUGUCCUGGAGCAUGUCGGUGUUUGAAGGCUGCCUCAGGCCUGACUGGCAGAAGCAGCUGGGGUCCCGGGGAGCAAAAGGAACUCAUGGGUCCUGCCCGCUCCAGCCAGGCCUCUGGGGGGCAGGGCCCAGGGACAAUGCAGAGUGCUCUCGUAGGAGAAGUCACAUCAGGAUAGCCCCUCCUGAGAAGACAGGGGACAGCGGUCAGCGGUCAGCCUCCUGCUGGUCGCCAUGGUUGCAUGGCUGGUGUCUGAAAUUCCUCCUUUAGGGUUCUGGGAAGAGUGUUGCUUAACAGGAUGGACCGGGUAUUUGUUUUCUGUUGUGUGUAUGUGUGUGUGUGUGUUGUUUUUAAGAUAUUUAUGGUUUGGUGUCUUGUUUUGUGGACAGGCUGUGUUUUUGUUUCUGCAGAAGUGCCUCUUGGAAGCGGUCUGUGCUUGAGGGGCUGAAGGGACUCUGGGAGGACCAGUGGGAAGCACUCUGGUGCUUGCUGGAGGGAGAGGAGGAGGAGGAAGAGCCUCCUCCAAGGAUCAGAGCUUAGGUGGUCACGGGACGACCCAGAGUGCCCUUUGGGCUUUUCUGCUUGGACUCACGUGAAACGAAUCUCAGAAAACACCAGCAUUCUUCGCUGCGUGUCCAGAAGCAGCAUAAAUUAGCAGCCCUCAGCCCAGGCCCAAUCACACUCCUGGGGGGGGGGGGGCGGCGGGCCCUAUGGCCAAGCAGCAAAUGUCCCCAAAAUAGACACCUUCCCCCAUUCCCACCCCAACCCGGGAGCCAAGCUCAGCGCCAUCUAAGAACAUGCAGGAAGCUGUGACCUCACUAAGGGCUGUUUCUGAUUUCCUGGACAACCUCUAUCCAACCCAUCCCAUUGUCAAGCCCAGAGGGAUGAGUUUUCCUCGAGUAAUAGGGACAUGAGGGAAAGACAGGAUCUGCGUCCAGCUGGGGCUGCUGUGGGGAAGGGAGGGGUGUGUCCUGCUGGAAACUGCCAUUUGAAAAGGCGAGGAUGGUAGCCAUCUUAUGGGGUCCCUUAUAACCACCGGAUCUGAGCUGCUGGGCACGCAUCACCAGGGACUUCUGCCACUCGAGGAGGUCUCCACUCUAGGCUUUCCAGUCCAAGGAUAAGUCAUGCAGGGAUCUGGCUCUAAUUUGGGGUCCAAAAGCGACUCCAGCUCUGAAAACUUGACCCUGGGACAGAGUGGGGCCAGGACUUUUCUGGCAGGCCCAGAAGCGCUGGUGGUGCUUCCCCAGCCCCUGUCCUGCCCCCCACACUGUUCCCCACCUGGGAGUGGUGGGGGAAGGCUCCUCUCUCCAGGGUCCUUCCUGGGCCCUCCUAGUGUGGACAGCAGACUUCUCCCUCCUUCUUAUGUCCGGGGCCAAGGCCCCCACCCCUAAGCUCUGAGGACUGUGCCGAGAGUGGACCUUUGGGACGUCUCAGGACAUUGACAAUUUGUACACAGCACGUUGACUUAACUUAUUUAUUUUGUGAAAAAGAAGUGACAGAAAAUACCUUCUUGUGUGCAGGGACUCAAAGCUGUACCCAAAUCAAGAGAGACAAACUAGUAAUAAUAAGAACUAUUCACUCAUCCACACACAGGACAAUCCAAGACGAUUCAGAAUGCAGGAGGCAACUACACCAAGGCCGCAGGAGUCAGGACAGCCCAGGCUUUUGUUUAAGGAGAUUCCUUGGUUUCCUCUUGCAGAUUUGAGGAUGCGACAGUAAGGCCCUUUCUGCUGUACGACCUUUGCCCAGGUGCCUGGAACAGGACACAACUCCAGUCGGUGUUGCCUUGGGGCUCUGGGAACCCUGGGGGUUUGGGGAAGGACAGGGUGGGGUGACUGUUGCCUUUUCAUCCGUGGGACCUGGUUGGGGUCACGUCCCUGGGGUUUUCAGCAUGGAACUAGCGGGGGACGGUGGUCCAGCUGGGGGCAGUGCCCUCUUGUCCUGGUUUCUCUGCUGCUGCUGAUCCACCAGGAGCCUUCGCUCCACAGCCCCCCUCCACCCCCUAGAGACAGAGGGAGCAUUUGAGGCCUCACCUCCAGCCACCAGCUUCCUCAGAACAAGGGCCCAUUCAGCAGCGAGCAUUUACUCAUUUUUUCUCCUUGAAGAAGAUCUCUUUAGCCUGGCCUAUAUAAAUAGUUCAGAACAUUCCAGGCCUUGGUGAGACAGGGCAGUGUCUAACACCCGCAAGCCAUCACCACCACUGCCCGUUCCUGGCUUCUCUGUGCCUGUUUGUAAGCCUUGGAGUGGAGGCAGGCACCGGGGAGCGGACGGUGGGGGCAGGAGUCCUGUGGCCCCAGCGAGAGGGAGAAGGGAGCCAUGUGCAGCGCUGUCACACCCCCUGCAGGUUAUUACCGAGCUAAGGUUGAGAGAUGUGAGUAAAUUCUACCCUUUGUCACUUUAUGUGAUACACACACUUGAAAAUAAAUAACGAAAUGAACAGAAAAAGUAUUUAAUGAAGAGUUUACUCCCUGUCUGCCAGCGCCCUCAGCCAGAGGCUGGUCUAACGGGGCAGCCCCUGACCAAACCUCCAAGAACAGAAGACACCCACUCGGCCCAUUACAGUGCAUCUUUCUCUGCCUCCUCUGCCAUCUGUCCGACCAGGGAACCGGUGCCAGCAGAAUGUCGGGUCCCUGAUCCAGAAGCUGCCUGCUUGGCCCAGACCGCAGACAGGAGAUGCAAGCAUCGGAUGGUCCUAACCCUGAAGGUCUCGUCGGCCCUGGGUGACCCUCUCCCACACGAGGGUCUGUUUUAAUGGGCCCUAGGGCCUGUCCCUUGGUAGGCCCUGGAUGAUGAAGGACAGGAGCAGAAGAUUGGGUGGCUGUGUCCCCAAGGCAGUGCCCUCCCACUCCAGUCCCCACGGACUGAAAGAAGGGUAGGAGCCUGGUCAGGGAGAGCGAAGGGGAGAGAAGGGGAGGAGAUAGAUCUUUAGCGGCCAAGUGGUCUUGUCGAUCUGCACAAACGGAGAGAAGGAGCCUCCACUGCAGUCCAGGGGCUCAGGUGGCUGAGUUGCUUGUGAGGAUUCCUAGGAUGUGGUCCAGCUGGACGGGAGGGAGGAGGCCCGAGGUGUCCUGAGUGCAGCCACAUUGCCUCUCAGCGGUCGAGGCUUCAGGACUAGUCAAAACUCUUUACCUCAAAAGGACGAAGCACAAUUGCCAACUUCAGUUUUCUUAAAAGCUUCGAGGUCCUUUGAUCUUGUGUCCUUUGUCAUUUGAUGACUGUGCCCAGGGGACUAAUCAGUUACGUGUUUCCAUGGUGCCAUCCGCGUGAGCCUCGCUCAUAGUGUAGCUCAGGUAUUUUGCUUGGAAAAUGAAGUGACCCAUGUACCCUGCUUCCUCUCACCCUGGGCUUGGCCUGGGCACCCCCUGAAGUCUCCGUCUCAGCUGUAAAUUCUAGGCCAAGUCUGCACGGCUCCCCUGCUCCCUCCCGGAUCCUGCAAACUCUGCCUUUUUGACAAGACCUCUCCCUGUGUCAUGUUUCGAGGCCACAUGGUCCAGGACACUCCCUUCAUGGCCAUGUGUGGCCAUGGUGUGUACAUAGGUGUCCACAUGUUUGUGUGUGUGUAACAUGCAGCUCAUUCUGCUCGGCCACAUUGCUCCCUGCCCCCUUGCCACCGGUGUCCUUGCCGUGGCUACACACAAUCUGCCGUCUCCUGGAAACACAGGAGCCGCCCUUCAGAGCUGGCAGCCAGCGCCGGUCGGGGUCUGCUUUGUGGAAGAGAAUGUGAACCCAUCACUAGAUGGCUUACUUGAUUUAUUUAAUUAAAAAUGAAAACAUGCAACGAGUAAAAUUCCAAGAGUCUCUGCCUUUCUUUUGCAUUUGUUCUCAGCAGCAGUCAAAAAAAUUAACAGGAAAAAAAUGGGCAGCUGUAGGAAUGGGGUGACUUCGGGCAUGAAGCAGGGCAGAGGAAACCCCGCCCCCUCCUGAGAAGUGAAGGACAGGGAAGUGUGGCUGAGGGCAGGGGGCACGAGGAAGGUCCUGCAUGUCACAAGGACGGCAGAGCCGGGGGUGGCUGUGCUCACAGCUGGCUGCAG